CAUACCUCUGUUUUAACAAUUCUUUAGAUUUCCUUUUUGAAAGUUUGAGAGAAGCAAUUAUUCCCCUGUAAUAAUGAGAAUACCUCUCAAUUUGCGAGCCUCUGUUAUUGGAUCUGUAAAGACUGCACUAAUUCGCAUUAAACAAUGUACGUAUAAACAUGUUUAAAUAAUUAGUUUCCCCAUUAAUACAGAACACACACACACUCUCUCUCUCUAAACGUCAUUGGCGAAUCAAAAUUACUCUGUAUAGCCCCCUCUGCAACUGUCAAACCUAUACGUAAACGGAAUUACAUACUCACACUCGCACAUUGUUGCUCAACUGGUUGAUUUGUUGGUGUAGUUGCUAGAUUUGGAUAAUUUUGUUUUUGAGGAUAUAGCUAGAGUUGAUUCGAAAUUGGCAUUUUCUAGUGUAGUUGUGUUUUGGGGGACUUUUCAAGUAUCGAGGAGUGGUAAUUGAUGCCUUAUUCAUUACCUUCGUGGAGGAGUUAUAGUUGAUCUGAACUUUUUUGUUCUAGUUUCUGAUUGGAGACUUACAGGAUCGAGAUUGUGAUCUUGACUAUCUGAUUGGCUUGGUAUAAUUUUGGAAUUCCAUUCUCUUAAGGAAGUUCGGUAGAGUUCUAACCAUUCCUAGUUGAAGUUGUUUGAAUUUUUUGUGAUAUAUAUGGGAGAUGAUAUCUGAUGACAGCAUAUAGUUUUCAUAGUUCUUGGAUGUUCAGGUUGAAGCAAAUAAGCUAGCACAUUGUGAUCUUCUCGAUUUGAACUUUAUAGAGGCUACAUAAAUCAGAGAUGAAAAGCCCUUUGCUUAACAAAUUAUCAAAAAAGUUCGGGUCUAGACAGUCAUUCAACUGGUUACUCUUAUGUCUUGUUAGUGUCUUGGUGGUGAUUGCAUUGCUAGGAUCAUCUUCAAGUGCCUUUAACUCGGUCACUUCCUCUGUGAAGUCAGAUAUUUAUACAAAUUAUAGAAAGCUAAAGGAGCAAGCAAGAAGCGAUUAUUUAGAGCUAAAAAGCCUUUCCGUGGGCGAAAAUCAGAUAAAGGAAGUUGGUCUUUGUGGUAAGGAAAGAGAAAAUUAUGUGCCUUGCUAUAAUCUGUCUGCAAAUAUUCUAGCUGGGUUUAAAGAUGGGGAGGAGUUAGAUCGGCAUUGUGAAUUAUCACGAGAAGAUCAACAUUGUCUGAUUCGUCCUCCUAAGGACUAUAAGAUUCCUUUGUCUUGGCCAGCAGGCAGAGAUGUUAUAUGGAGUGGAAAUGUGAAGCUAACCAAAGAUCAGUUCCUUUCUUCUGGAAGCAUUAUGAAACGGCUAAUGUUACUAGAAGAGAAUCAAAUUGCUUUCCAUUCUCAAGAUGGGAUGAUGGUUGAUGAUGUCAAAGAUUACUCUCACCAAAUCGCAGAGAUGAUUGGGCUGGGAAGUGAUACAGAAUUCCGUCAAGCUGGUGUGCGUACUGUACUAGAUAUUGGUUGUGGCUUUGGUAGCUUCGGUGCCCACCUACUCUCGUUGAACUUGAUGGCUCUUUGUGUGGCAGCUUAUGGGUCAUCUGGUAGCCAAGUUCAGGUAGCACUCGAGAGAGGACUUCCUGCAGUCAUCGGAAACUUUUUUUCGAAACAGCUACCAUUUCCAUCAUUGUCUUAUGACAUGGUUCAUUGUGCUCAGUGUGGAAUCAUUUGGGACAGCAAAGAUGGGCUGUUUCUUAUUGAAAUUGACCGUGUACUCAAGCCUGGAGGUUAUUUUGUUUUAACCUCACCCACAACCCAGCAGCAGGGUAGUUCUAUUAGUGCAAAGAAGGGAAGCAUGUCUACUCCUUUGGAAGAGUUCACUAAGAAGCUCUGUUGGUCUCUAUUGGAACAGCAAGAAGAAACUUUCAUCUGGCAGAAGACAGUUGAUUCCCAGUGCUAUACAUCUGGCAAGAAGGGUACUAUACCAAUUUGCAGAGGACAGGAUAUGCAACUGUACUACCAGCCACUUGCACAUUGUAUAUCUGGAACAGGCAGUGACCGAUGGGUCCCAAUUCAUAGCAGAUCUGAUUCUAUGAACUCAACUGAGCUCAAAGUUCAUGGAGUUCAUCCCGACAAUUUCUUUGAAGAUUCAGAAUUCUGGAAAUCAACUGUGAGAAACUAUUGGUCUUUGCUGUCACCCUUGAUUUUCUCUGACCAUCCAAAAAGGCCCGGUGAUGACGAUCCAUUGCCUCCAUAUAAUAUGGUGCGGAAUGUAUUGGACAUGAAUGCUCAUUAUGGGGGUUUAAAUGCCGCAUUGUUGGAGGCAAGAAAAUCAGUUUGGGUGAUGAAUGUUGUGCCUCUUGGGGUGCAUAAUACACUUCCCCUCAUACUUGAUCGAGGCUUUGCUGGCGUUCUGCAUAACUGGUGUGAACCCUUUCCUACAUAUCCACGAACAUAUGAUUUGCUCCAUGGUAAUGGACUUCUGUCACACCUUGCUUCACAAGGAUGCAGUAUAAUUGAAGUACUUUUUGAUAUGGAUCGUAUCUUACGGCCUGAGGGAUGGAUUAUUCUGUCUGAUAAAUUGGGCCCUAUAGAGAAAGUGAGGAUGUUAGCCACACAACUCCGCUGGGAAGCCAGGGUGAUUGACCUCCAGGAUGGAAGUGACCAGCGGUUACUCGCAUGCCAAAAAUUAUUUGUGAGAAAGUGAUCCAUCUUUGAAAUGGAAUUCACAAUUCAAUGAUUGGCAGUCCUGUAUGUGUGCGCGCGCCCUUUUUCCUUUUCUUUUUUCUUUCUACUCCUGCAUUUUUUCCCCUGCAAAUGUCAUUUUUUAUGUAGUUGGACUUAUUUUUUAACUUGCCAUGCCACAAGCUGCACCACGUCUCAAUCUUGACAUCUUGUGGAGGGAUAAUACGGCUGGCCUCAGGUGGAAAUAUAAUUUAAGCUGCAGAUUUAAGCAAGAUUUGCUGGAGUAGAGACAGCACAGAAAGAAGAUUUUUGCCCUUUCAAAAGAUUUAUGUAGCAAUUCAUUCAGCAUUGUUUUCCUUCUUUUUUUCAGUUUUAACAUAUCUUUUUCAAUUUUGUAAUUAAGUGGUGCUUUGUAGUGAAUAAUCACCUUUUCUGAGAGCAAGAGAUUUUGUCCCAAAAUGUAAGAAUCAAUUAUAAAUAGUUUCCCGAGAUACACAUUGUUUUAUAGCUCUAAGAAUCAGAAUCUACUGGUAAUCCUGGAUUUGUGACUAACA